UCCCCCUUGUUCUCCAGCCCUCACACUUCCAGUAGAGCUCCUUGGCUCCAGACUCUGUCCGCACAGAGAGCGCACAAGGAUGGGUGUUCUCCAGGCGCACAGGAUACUAUGGGCAUGCGUUCUGAUUCUUACAGGAACAACAGGAGUUUAUGGUUCUAACGUCUGCACCUCCAGAGGGGCCAGUACAUGUAAGCAGUGUCUGGCUGUACAUCCCAGCUGUUCCUGGUGCUUCCAAGAGGACUUCGGCCAGGGUGUUGCCAGCUCUUCCCGUUGUGAUCUGAAGACUAACCUCAUAGCGGCGGGCUGCGCUCAAUCAUCUCUUGAAUCCCCAAACAGCAAACUGCAGGUGAUCGAAGACCGGCCUCUCAGCAACAAAGCAGCGGGGGCUACACAGGAUGUCACACAGAUUAAACCCCAGAAACUUCACAUCACUCUCCGACCAGAUGAUGCGAAGCGUUUCACUGUGAAGGUGCGUCAGGUAGAGGACUACCCUGUAGAUCUCUACUACCUCAUGGACCUCUCCUACUCCAUGAAUGAUGACCUUUUCCGUCUGAGGUCGCUGGGCAGAGGUCUGGCCGAGGCGAUGAACCGUACAACCAGUAACCUCCGUAUGGGCUUCGGGGCUUUUGUGGACAAGCCCCUCUCACCUUACAUGUACAUUUCCCCAAAGGAGGCUGUGAAGAACCCCUGUUACAGCAUUAACAACACCUGUUUGCCCCAGUUCGGCUACAAGCAUGUUCUGUCUCUGACGGAGGAAGUGGGACGCUUCACGGAGGAAGUGAAGAAGCAGAUGGUGUCCAGGAAUCGAGACGCCCCGGAGGGAGGUUUUGAUGCCAUCAUCCAGGCGGCUGUGUGCAAGGAGAAGAUUGGCUGGCGUCCUGGAGCAUCCCACCUCCUUAUCUUCACCUCAGAUGCAAAGACACAUGUGGCUCUGGACGGUCGUUUGGCGGGGAUUGUCCAGCCCAAUGAUGGGAAAUGUCAUCUGAACUCUGAAAACAUGUACAGCAUGUCUACCACCCUGGAUUACCCGUCUCUAGCUCUGAUCACAGAAAAGAUGUCAGAGAACAAUAUCAACCUCAUCUUUGCUGUUACCAGUCCUGUGGUUUCUCUCUACCAGAACUACAGUGAGCUGAUUCCUGGCACCACAGUCGGAACACUGAACAACGACUCAGGCAAUGUUAUUCAGCUCAUAGAGAAGGCCUACACUAAAAUCCGUUCCAAGGUGGAGUUGGAGCUUCAGGGCGUCCCAGAGGAGCUGUCCCUCUCCUUCAACGCCACCUGUCUGAAUGGAGAGGUCAUACCAGGUCUCAAGUCCUGCUCUGGCCUCAAGAUAGGAGACACGGUGUCUUUCAGUGUGGAGGCCCGGGCUCGUGGUUGCCCUAAACAAAAGAAAAAAACUUUUAUCAUAAAACCUGUGGGCUUCAAAGACUCCCUGUCCAUCACCGUCACUUUUGAAUGCGACUGCAAGUGUCAAGCCAGAGCCCAGCCCGACAGCCCCAAAUGUAACCACGGAAAUGGUACAUUCGAGUGCGGCAUCUGCUUGUGCCACCCAGGCCGCUUGGGACCACACUGCGAGUGCGCUGAGGGCGAUUAUAAUCCUACAGAGCAGGACCGCUGCAGUGGACCCACAGGCUCUGGAGGAGCCCAGUCUACCAUCUGCAGCGGCCGUGGAGACUGUGUCUGUGGACAGUGUGUGUGCCACAGCAGUGACUUUGGAAAAGUCUGGGGGAAGCUGUGUGAGUGUGAUGAUUUCAACUGUCUGCGCUACAAGGGAGAACUGUGCUCAGGGCACGGCGUCUGUAACUGUGGCUUCUGUCAGUGUGCGCCGGACUGGCAGGGUGAGAACUGUAACUGCUCCAGACGAACUGACACCUGUAUGUCCAACCUGGGUCUGCUGUGCAGUGGGAGGGGCCAGUGUGUGUGCGGGGCCUGCGAGUGCACCCAGCCCGGGGCCUAUGGGGCCACAUGUGACAAGUGUCCCACCUGCCCUGAUGCCUGCACUAUGAAAAAGGAGUGUGUGGAGUGUAAGCACUUCAAGAGGGGUAAACUAUUUGAGGAUAACACUUGUUCUCGGAUCUGCAAGGAUGAGAUUGAACUUGUGGAUGAGAUAGUGUUCCAUGAUACAAAUGCUGUGAACUGUACUUAUAAGGAUGAGGAUGACUGCGUGGAGCGAUUCCAGUACUACGAGGAUGCCAGCGGCAAAUCCAUCUUGUAUGUUGUUAAAGAGCCAGACUGUCCUAAGGGCCCAGACAUAUUAGUGGUUCUUCUGUCAGUGGCAGGAGCCAUCUUAUUCCUUGGCUUGGCGGCUCUUCUUAUCUGGAAGCUGCUGGUUACCAUUCACGACAGACGGGAGUUCGCCAAAUUUGAAGAAGAACGUGCUCGUGCCAAGUGGGACACGGGACACAAUCCUCUCUACAAAGGAGCCACCUCUACCUUCACAAACAUCACAUACAGAGGAAAAGACUGAUGCUACUGAACACAAAUGAAGAACCAAUGAUUCAAUGGACUCUACCUGUCCUUCACGGGAAGGCAUCAAAUCAUGUGCAGGCCUCUACUGUCACAAGACCUUUAAUAAUAAUUAUUUGUGUCUGUAAAUAUGUAGAAAUGAUUAUGAGGACAUAUUUUAUCAGGGAAUUGCCGUAAACAUCAAACCAUACUGUUUAUACGGUUAAUGUCAUUGUUUUGACUUGUGUAAAGGACUGAGAACUUUUCAUGUCAUACAGCAAAAAAUAAAGGAUUAGUUCACCCAAAUCAGAAAAGGCAAAUUAAUGAACACACUCUGAUUUUAACCAUGUAUAUCCACAUGACAGUGUUUCCUUCCAGUCCCAGUUAGUCUGAAUAAUCUGAAGAGAAAUGAGGAAUUAAAUCCAACAUAUAUGGACAGCUCUUAAGAGGUGUUUCAGAAUAAUGUCUAAAAGUCUGUAAAUAAAACAAGCAAAAAACUACCUACAUUUGAUGCAAAGUGGAUGGCAUGAAAAAACUUGAAUUGGUUGAACUAACCCUUGAGGUCAGAAGAACGCAUAUCAUUUCCUGCACAAUGUUGGGAUUUCCUGUUUGUGGGACUACAGGAAGAUAAACUGUCUUUGUGUCAGUCAAGUGACAGAGAUAUGGUGUGGUUUGGAGUAAAAUUAUAUUUUCAGUCUCUAAGA